UCUGAUGAUUCUGAGACGCGGUUUGUCCGCGCGUUGGCUUAUGUAAAUCCUUCUUGAGAGUUGAACGCGAAGCAAGACCUGGCACUUGCACCUGUGAAGUAGAGAACGAAGCUGCAUAACGUCAGCCAGAGUUGCUCCCCAUCCCUACGCUACGCUUGUCGCUAUCCUGCUUCUCUCGCAUGCUUCAAUAGUUCCGGGAGUACGAGAAGAACAGGUUGGUCUAGAGGUCGAAGAGGGAACACGGAAAUUUAUACAGAAACGCCUGUGGCGCAGGGACGCGAAAUGGCCUCAGGCAUUGGAUAUUUUGGAACUUCCAGUCAGACUGCGUUUAGAAAGAUCUGACAGCGGAGAGCCAUGAAGUCCUACAUUCAGAUCCUCGGAACGCAGACGGGCGACACGUUGCCUUCAGUCUUAGUUUUCUUCGACUCACAGCGAUACCUCUUCAAUGCCGGAGAAGGGACACAGCGAUUUUGUCUUGAGCAGAGGGUCAGGCUCGGGAAACUGACCAACCUGUUCUUGUCGAGGGUGCAAUGGGACGCGUGUGGUGGUAUCCCUGGUAUGCUGUUGAGUUUGGCUGAUGCCGGCAACAAAAAAAUCACGGUGCAUGGCGGAAAGAAUUUGACGCACUUCAUGGCUGCAACGCGUCAUUUUGUCUUCCGUAUGGCAUCAUCUGUGCAGGCAUGUGAGAUCCCAGAUGGCUCCAAACCCUUCGUCGAUGAGAAUAUGAGCGUCCGGCCCGUCACUAUAUACCCUGUCGGCCAUCGUCCGUCUGACUCGACGGCGGAAACGGACGGUGAGCCAGCCAGCAAAAAGGCAGCGCUAGCUGGCGACGGCCCAAUGCCGGUUGCUAUGCCCAGCUCCCAUGCAAACAACCCGUCCGCAGUCUCCAACGGCGUCGAGAAUGGGGAAGCGGAUCCGGUGACCGGGCAGAAGCGGAAGGUCCAGGAAGAUUCCUUAGCCUCUCCGUCCUUGAGCCACGAAGAUGCGUUGGCAUACAAGCAGGAGAUUAUUCGACAAAUGUUCAACAGCGGGGAGCUGCCCUCCGUGCCCCUCCAGAACGGAUCGAAGAGAGGCUUUGAUAACUCUUACUCCGCUCAGUUCGACCUCACGAGAAGUCGGUUGAACGUCCCCGAUAUGCUGCUUGGCAAGAGGGAUCACACCAAGGUCGUUAGAUUGCCAAAGUCACGUCCUUGCCUGGGCGUUAUCACAUACAUUUGCGAGGGCCACACUCAGCGUGGAAAGUUUCGACCAGAAAAGGCCACCGCGCUUGGAGUCCCUGCAGGAUAUGCUUUCGGACGCCUAGCAAAUGGCCACCCUUUCGAGACCGAAGACGGUGUGACGGUCUUGCCAGAGCAAGUCAUGGAUCCUGACAGGCCAGGUGCCGCGUUUAUCAUCUUGGACUGUCCUUCGCAGGAGUACAUUCCGGAUUUGACAUCCAACGCGGCUUUCGCACCGCAUUUUGCUGAAACAACCACCAAUCCAGUCUCUCUCAUAGUGCAUAACAUCGGUGAUGGCGUCCUCGAUUCCGCGGAGUACAGAGCGUGGAUGAAGAAGUUCGGAGACACAACCGAGCACAUCAUCAUUACCCGCAAGCAUUGCCCAAAGCCCAUCAUUUACAAGGGAACCACGAACAACCUAUUCCGCCUGAACCACAUGGACCCCGACGUUUUCAAAAUCCCCUUUUACAAACCGGAAACGGAACCUCUGGAGAACCGCGAAGAAUUGCCAACAAAUGUCACGAUCGGAAAGAAUCUCAUGAUUUACCACACGGAACCCUCACGCAAGAUUGACACCAGCGAACAAAAGUCUAUUUGGAGUCAUACGGAUCCGCAGGGCAAGGUACUAAUACGCCAUCAACACGAGAGAUGGACGGAGUUCAAAGAAUCUGCUGCCAGUCUCCGGAAGCAGAUCAUUGAAACAGCUGAGGUGGAGGAGAGCCCGGAUGUUGCAGGGGGCGAUGUGUUAGUUUGCACACUUGGGACUGGGGCCUCCCUCCCUUCUCCUUUCCGGAACGUGAGCUCCAACUUCAUUGAUAUUCCCAACUACGGAUCGGUGCUUCUGGACGCUGGAGAGGGGACAUACGGGCAAUUGUAUCGACGCUUCAAUGCGGACGAGGAAGUCCCACUGGAAGACGUCUUGGCGAACUUGCGACUGCUUUUCAUUUCCCACAUGCAUGCCGAUCACCACUUGGGCGCGAUUCGUGUCCUUUUGGAGAGAAAGAAUGUUCUCGCUCAGCGCAGCGGUCCGGCACCAACCCUGUACAUCGCAGCGCCUCCGCACUACGUAACCUGGCUCAAUGAAUAUGCAGAAUGUGAAGAACUUGGGAUUGGGGAAGAAGGCGGCAUCGAGUUUUUGAAGAACAACGAAUUGGCCUCGCCGUUUCUCACCGCGGGCGGUGGUACCCUGGAUGGCCUCAAGCAGGCUCUAGGUCUGCAAGAACUCAAAACAAUCCAGGUCGAUCACUCUCCAUACGCGUACGCAGUCUCCCUGGUUCACAUCAAUGGGUUCAAGGCGGUCUACUCAGGCGACUGCCGACCCAACAUGGGUCUUAUGAAGCUCGGCGGAGACGCGACGGUGCUGAUUCACGAAGCGACGUUCGAAAACGACGAUAAAGGUUGCCGCGAAGCCCUUGCCAAACGGCAUUCUACCGCACGGGAAGCAGUCAUCGUUGGAGGACGGAUGAAAGCCAAAUGGACGAUCCUCACUCAUUUCUCGCAGAGGUAUCCUAUCGCUCCUCCGUUAGGAUUGGAUGCCUUGCCCGCGGAAGACAGGAAGAAACUCACAGCCACUGUUGGGGUUGCUUUCGACCUUAUGUCCGUGAAAGUGAAGCAUAUGCGGCGAAUGGGGAUGUACGGAGAGACGCUGCAGAAACUGUACUCGCAUGUUCCUCCCGAAGAGACCGCUGCUAUGGAGAUUGUGGACGCGGGGGCGGACGAAGGGACUGGGAAUCAAAGCCGCGGUGCGGAUCACGCACGAGGGCGUGGUAGCCGGGGUGGCCGCGGGGGAGGACGUGGUAGGGGCGGGCGUACGAAUGACAGAUGAGGAAAUCGCGGAGGCCAUAGGUAGUCUCGAUUAUCUACCAGUCGUAGUUGUAGAAGAGACGUAGCACAGCGGAGAAGGUGAACUCUCUGGAAUGGACCAGUUGGUUCAUGCCUCAUCACCCUACCGGCAUCUCUAGGAGGUACCCGAUUAUUUAUACUGCGUAUGUAGAGAUUUCAUGCUUCAAUGACAUCGUUCCAGGAACACGCGUGAACUGGAAGAAGGCAGCUUCGU